UACCCAGUUUUCUGCACUUCUGCUAGAAAGUGCAAAAACAGUGCAGUUUCAGUGCACUCCACUAAACCGGUGUCAAUCAAUCGAAAACCCCAAGUGCAAUUUCGGGGCAGAGAUUUGGCACCGAAAAUUUUGUCGGUGCGAGCCAGUGCACGCACUAACACCAAUAACGGAAACGUCAAAACCACGAUCAAAAUGGAUGAGUAAACAAACCGGUCAUCGCAGUUACAGAAAACGAACCUAAAAAGGAAACCGACGAACAACAGACGAAACCGUUGCCCGUUAUCACUCAACGGGAAGGAUUACCAAUACCAGGUUCUGAAAAAGUUCGGUUCCGUUGGCUCCAGUUCAGUGUUUUCGGCCAAACAAAUGGGGACGGGCGUUGAAUGUGCAUUGAAGUUGAUGAAUCUCGAAGGUGAUUCCAGCAUAGUGGAAGGCUACUUAAAUGAAACGAAACUGUUGGCGAAAUUGCAAGGGGAUGAAAAUGUUGUAGCGCUGUAUGACUAUUGUCAUGUUCCGGAGUCUAACCAACUUUACCUGGUUAUGGAAAAGGGUAAUAGUGAUCUGCACAAAAUCGUGCAAAGCUACCGCAAGGAUAUCCCGCUGUACACGCUCAUGCAAAUUUGGUACCAGAUGGUACAGUGUGUGCACUACAUUCACAAGCACGGUGUCAUCUAUCUGGAUCUCAAACCGGCUAACUUGGUAAAAGGUCGCGUGAAGUUGAUUGUUAAGUAACUAUUUAUACAAAUGAAACUGUACAAAAUUAUGUUGUAGAACAAUCCAUCCACCCGAGUCAGAA